CGUGGAGAAACUGUGUCUAUGAUUGGUCCCUCGGUGAGAAGGAUUUAAUUUUGAAUUUUUCUUUACGGCGUGGAAGAGGCCCCUGCCCGGACUCCAUCUAAUCCACAGGCUCUUAGACUAAAAUCAUGCCUAAGUUCAAACAACGAAGAAGGAAGCUAAAAGCCAAAGCCAAAAGAUUAUUUAAAAAAAAAGAAGUGUCUCACCUUCAGCCCAGGCUAAUUACACCUCCUCCUCCACCACCCUCACCUGAAAGAAUAGUUAUUUCUUCAACAGAUAUAUCCCAUAGCAGGAGCUGGCUAAGAUUGUCCUGGAACUUCAAUUUUCCCAACAUCAAAGAUACAAUAAAACUUUGGACAAAUAAAGUAUGGUCUAUAUACACGUGGUGCCAGAACUGCAUAGCCCAGAGUUUAGAAGGAUUGAAAGAUACCGUCUUUCCAUCUCGUAUCUGCCACCGAGAACUUCACAGUCUCAAACAACAGUUUUUCAUUUUGGAAAAUAAAUUAUGCAAGCUCCAGGAAACACUGAAGGCCGUCUCAGAAAGAUCUUCUUGUCCAAGCUGUGGUCAGAUGUGUCACAUGAAUAGUAAACUUAUAGCUGUGCCCACCUGUGUUCUAACCACCCCUGGAGAAUCUGGAGCUGAAAUUAUAUCUCCUCCCACACUGCCACAGCCAGCCAACCAUCUUCCUCCUCCUCCUCCUCCACCUCCACCCCCACUUCCUCCUCUGCCUCCUCCACCACCACCACCACUAGCACCUUUGCUGCUCGCAAAAUCCAAUCUCACUAAAGCACUUCAGACUAGACCAUUACAAAGAGAUGGACCCAUGCAGAUAACAGUUAAAGAUCUACUGACUGUGAAAUUAAAGAAGACCCAGAGUUUUGAUGACAGGAGGAAGCUUGUACCAUCACCAAAGACACAGAAUCCACUGGUUACUGUCUCUGAUCUACAGCGUGUUACCCUGAAACCAAACUCCAAAGUGUUAUCAACUCGAGUCACAAAUGUCUUAAUUACUCCUAAUAAAAGCCAGAUAGAUCUGCGGAAACUACUCAGAAAAGUCAACGUAGAAAGGAGCCCAGGUGGUACCCCUCUUACUAAUAAAGAAAAUAUGGACUCAGGAACUGGUCUCACCCCUGUAAUGACCCGGGCCUUGAGGAGAAAGUUUCAGCUGGCUCACCCUAGAAGCCCUACUCAAGCUCUGCCGCAUUCUACAAGCAACUUUGAUGAACAAAACUGAUGCCAACUCUGCUUAAUUCCAUGUGAUAAUCCAUAAAAAAAUGUACCAAGCCAGGCAUGCUGGUGGGAUCCUGUAAUCCCAGCUACUCAGGAGCCUGAGGCAGAAGAAUUGCUUGAGCCCAGGACUUCUAGGCCUGUCUGGGCAACCAUAGCAAGACUGCAUCUUCUUUACAAAAGGCAAAAAACUAAAAUAUAUAGAUAAAAUCACACAAAUCCUUUUUAAAAAAUGUAGUAAGGUAUUAUAAUUCAAUUUGAAGAAUUUGAGUAGGUAUGCAGCCCAUAUAUACUGUGUAUAAAAUAUAUACAGGUAUUUGUAUAUUUUAUAGUUUGCAUAAACAGCAAGAGAACCAGAUAGGAAAAAUACAAUGUCCAAAUUGAUUGUCCUAGAAUUACCCAAUUUAGGUUAGAGAGGCUGUUCAAAUUUAGCUAGAUAACUGCAGUUUUUAUUAUUUUCUUAAUGUUAUAAUGGCACUUAUACUAUAUUAAGAAAAAUACCUGAUUCCUGUUCAUCCUUAUUAUUCUUGGAUAAUUGAAAAGAAAAGUAGACUGGGCAUAGUGGCUCACACCUCUAAUCCAACACUUUGGGAAGCUGAGGCAGGAGGAUUACUUAAGGCUAGGAAUUUGAGCAACAUAGCAAGGCCUUGUCUCUACAAAAAAUUAAAAAAUUACCCAUGCAUGGCGGCAUGUACCUAUAGUCCCAGCUUCUUAGGAGACUAAGGCAAUAGGAUCACUUCAGCCCAGGAAUUUGAGGUUACAGUGAGCUAUGAUGAUAACCAAUGCAUUCUAGCCUGGGCAACAGAGCAAGACCCUAUCUGGAAAAAAAGAAGAAAAGAAAACUAUUGCAUACUGUGAGGCACAUGCAUUCAUUGAAACAAACUUGAUCAAUGAAAAAGACCAACUAGAUUUUCUUUUUUCCUCCCCUUUGGAAUUCUAUGUCAGCUGGAGAGAUGUUAUUCCUAUAAUUGUUUUAUAAUCAAUUAAGAGGUAAGAUCAUCCUCCAUCCAAAUGCAACUAUUUUCCAAAAAGAUCUGAAGUGAAAGGCCUAAUGUGACCUUAAAACUUAUCCCAGGCACAGUGAUACACAUCUAUAAUCAUAGAUACUCUCAAGGCUAAGGUAAGAGGAUUGCUGAGCCUGGGCAUUCUAUGCUGCAAUGUGUAAUGAUCAUGCUUGUGAAUGGCCAGUACACUCUGGCCUGGGCAGCAUAGAGGGACACAUCUCUAAAAGAAAAACAUUAGAAUGUAUCAUGGUAGGACUUUAAGUAGAUAGUUACAUCUGGCUCUCUAAAGUCUAAGAUACUCCUUAUUUUUAUAGCUAAAAUAACAUUCCUUAUUAUUUUACAGCUAAAUAAAAAUUUCAUGAAUGUUAUAUUUUCUGCAAUACCUCACCAAGGAUUCUCUGAUGUCCAUGCUGCAUUCAUUGUUGAGACCUGGUUCCCUCUCUUCACUAGCCUGUGUAUUCAAAAACAGUGACAGUAUUAUAGUGUACAUGUUACUGGAUUUUUGUCUUGCCAUUCUAAGAUUGCCAAAUAUAGUAAGAAUAUAAGACAUCCAAGUACAUUUGAAUUUGAAAUAAACUACAUAUAACUUUUCUUAGUAUAAAUAUGUCACAACUAUUGAUAGUUGUUUAUCUGAAAUUCACAUUUAACUGGGCUUCCUGUAUUUUAUUUAGCAAUUUUAUCAGGCAGUCUCCUGCAAAAUCGACAAAUACUGUAUUUAUGAGAGCCCCCAGUUUGCCACAUACGUGUGCUUAGCAGUGGGCACUAUAGUAGCUUUGGCCAAGAUCCCCAUCUUUUGCACGCUAAGUAACAUGGAGAAAAAGGAACUCUCAGGAUGGGGGGUAUGACUGAAGGCAUGGGAUUAGCUUUGAUGCUGUUAUCUUCCUCUGCAGUUUUUUUUUGGCCAGGGCAGGGUUUGAACCCGCCACCUCUGGCAUAUGGGACCAACACCCUACUCCUUGAGCCACAGGCGCCGCCCUUCCUUUGCAGUUCUAAGAGUAAGCAUAGAAGCUCCUCACUGAAAAGACACAAGGGGUUUCAGAUCUUUACUGAACUUUCUAGUCUGACAGGGCAGCUACAUGGUAGCCUUAAGAUAUCUUCAAGUUAGCAUAGGUUAAAAAGAUAACUUAGCCAUUUUCCAGAAAUGCCUGUAUUUCCACACAUAAAUAUUGCUUUCAGAUGCCAAAUAGACCUAAGAGGCAGUCCUGUUUAGGAGACCCAUGUUUAUAUUUAGAAAUAUUUAUGGAUAAAAAUUAAACAUAUAAUAGCUGGGCGUUGUGGCGGGCGCCUGUAGUCCCAGCUACUUGGGAAGCUGAGGCAAGAGAAUCGCUUAAGCCCAGGAGUUGGAGG